UUUUCCCGCCUUUGACACAGUACAGACUACAGAGCUCAUAGAUCCAAACAUUUUUCACUUUCAAAAUUCAAACCCCUCUCUCCCACUUCACUUCCCCCAAACACAAAAAAACCAAAUCCACUUCUAGGGUUUCGAAUUUCGAUCUCCAAAACCCUAAUUCCCUUCCCAUUCACUCUCUAGGGUUUUUGGUGAGACAAUGCACAUCAAGGAGAUAUGCUUGGAAGGGUUCAAAUCCUACGCGACGAGAACCGUGGUCCCAGGGUUCGACCCGUUUUUCAACGCGAUUACGGGUCUCAACGGGUCCGGCAAGUCCAACAUCCUCGAUUCGAUUUGCUUCGUGCUCGGGAUCACGAAUUUGCAGCAGGUUAGGGCUUCGAAUCUUCAGGAGCUCGUGUACAAGCAAGGCCAAGCGGGAAUUACUAAGGCCACUGUGUCCAUCGUCUUCAAUAACUCCGACCGGACUCGGAGCCCACUCGGGUACGAGGACCACCGCGAAAUCACUGUUACUCGACAGAUUGUGGUUGGUGGAAGGAACAAAUAUCUGAUCAAUGGAAAACUUGCCCAGCCUAGUCAGGUUCAGAAUCUUUUCCAUUCGGUGCAGCUUAAUGUUAACAAUCCACAUUUUCUUAUAAUGCAAGGGCGUAUUACCAAGGUUUUAAAUAUGAAACCCCCUGAGAUCCUGUCCAUGCUUGAAGAGGCUGCUGGUACAAGAAUGUAUGAGACAAAGAAAGAGUCUGCAUUGAAAACACUUGAGAAGAAGCAGAGUAAGGUUGAUGAGAUCAACAAGCUUCUUGACCAGGAAAUACUGCCUGCUUUGGAGAAGUUGAGGAAAGAACGGACACAGUAUAUGCAAUGGGCGAAUGGCAAUGCUGAGUUGGAUAGACUUAAAAGGUUUUGCAUUGCUUACGAAUUUGUUCAAGCAGAGAGGAUUAAAGAUAAUGCAGUAUGUGGGGUGGAACAGGUAAAGGCCAGGAUUGCCGAGACUGAUGACAAUAUGGGAACUAUGCGGGCAGAAAUACAGGAGAUGGAGACUGAAGUAUCAAAAUUGACUGCUGAAAAGGAAGCAAGUAUGGGUGGGGAGGUUAAAUCUUUGUCGGAGAAAGUAGACACUAUUUCUCAAGAUCUUGUGAGGGAAGUGUCUGCACUGAACAAUAAAGAAGACACUCUCAAAAGUGAAAAAGAAAAUGCUGAAAAGAUUGUUAAUAAUAUUGAAGAUUUGAAGCAUUCUGUGGAAGAGAAGGCCUCUGCUGUUAGAAAGGCUGAAGAAGGGGCAUCUGAUCUGAAAAAGAGGUUUGAGGAACUUACUAAGAGUUUGGAGGAGUAUGAAAAUGAUUACCAGGGUGUAUUAGCUGGCAAGAGCAAUGGAAAUGAGGAGAAAUGCCUUGAAGAUCAACUAGGUGAUGCCAAGGUAGCUGUUGGAAGUGCUGAAACAGAAUUGAAACAGUUGAAAACAAAAAUAAGCCACUGUGAGAAGGAGCUGAAAGAGAAAAGACGUCAGUUAAUGUCAAAACGUGAAGAAGCUGUUUCUGUAGAGAAAGAGCUUAAGGCUAGAACAAGUGAUGUGGAAAAUGUUAAGAAGGCAUUAGAGUCUCUUCCAUAUAAAGAGGGACAGAUGGAGGCAUUACAAAAGGAUCGUGCAUCUGAGUUGGAGCUGGUGCAGAAGUUGAAGGAUGAAAUACGCAAUCUGUCAGCACAAUUAGCAAAUGUUGAGUUCACAUAUCGUGACCCUAUGAGGAAUUUUGAUAGGUCAAAGGUAAAAGGUGUGGUGGCAAAGCUUAUCAAAGUAAGGGAUAGCUCCACGAUGACUGCCUUAGAGGUUACUGCUGGUGGAAAGUUGUUUAAUGUUGUUGUAGACACAGAAAAUACUGGGAAACAACUGCUUCAGAAUGGUGAUCUUCGAAGAAGAGUGACAAUUAUACCUUUGAACAAAAUACAAUCCCACGUUGUUCCCCCAAGGGUUCAACAUUCUGCUGUUAGAUUGGUAGGCAAUGAUAAUGCAGAACUGGCUCUUUCCUUGGUUGGUUAUGAGGAGGAGUUGAAGACUGCUAUGGAAUAUGUAUUUGGUUCAACCUUUGUUUGCAAGACCGUUGAUGCUGCCAAGGAGGUUGCUUUUAAUAGGGAAAUUCGCACCCGAAGUGUCACUCUUGAAGGGGAUAUAUUUCAGCCAAGUGGUCUUUUGACUGGUGGAAGCCGCAAGGGUGGUGGUGAUUUGCUAAGGCAACUUCAUCAUUUGGCAGAGGCUGAAUCAAAACUUUAUGCACAUCAGAAAAUGUUGUCUGAAAUUGAAGCAAAGAUUGCACAACUCAUGCCUCUUCAGAAAAAGUUCACCGGCCUUAAAACACAGUUGGAGCUUAAAUCAUAUGACCUUUCUUUAUUUCAGGGCAGGGCUGAGCAAAAUGAGCAUCAUAAGCUUGGUGAAUUAGUGAAGAAAAUCGAGUUGGAGCUUGAAGAAGCAAAAUCUGCGGCUAAGGAAAAGCAACUUGUAUAUGAAAACUGUGUAAAUACAGUUUCAUUGCUUGAGAAAUCUAUCAAAGAACAUGGUGAUAAUCGGGAGGGCAGACUCAAGGAUUUGGAGAAAAAGAUUAAGGCAGUAAAAGCUCAAAUGCAGUCAUCUUCAAAAGCUGUAAAGGGGCAUGAAAAUGAAAAGGAGAGACUUGUUAUGGAAAUGGAAGCUGUUGUACAGGAACGUGCCUCCUUGGAGGCUCAACUAGUUUCUUUGAGAACACAAAUUGACAGUCUCACUGCUGAAUUAGAGGAACAAAAGGCCAAGGUUGCUGCCACUAGGAAUAAUCAUGAUCAAGCUCAAUCCAAACUCAAUUUGAUUCGACAGAAGAUGAAGGAAUGUGAUUCCCAAAUUAGUUGUAUUCUUAAAGACCAGCAGAAACUUCAACAUAAACUUAGUGAGACUAAUCUUGAGAGGAAGAAGAUGGAAAAUGAGGUCAAACGAAUGGAGAUGGAACAGAAAGAUUGCUCUACAAAGGUAGACAAGCUUAUUGAGAAGCAUGCUUGGAUUGCACCUGAGAAACAGCUAUUUGGAAGAAGUGGGACUGAUUAUGAUUUUGCAUCUCGUGAUCCUAUUAAGGCAAGGGAAGAACUUGAGAGACUGCAGGUGGAACAAUCUGGCCUUGAGAAAAGGGUGAACAAGAAAGUUAUGGCAAUGUUUGAGAAAGCAGAAGAUGAGUACAAUGACUUGAUGUCCAAGAAAAACAUCAUUGAGAAUGACAAGUCCAAAAUCAAGAAGGUCAUUGAAGAGCUAGAUGAGAAGAAGAAGGAAACACUAAAAGUUACUUGGGUAAAAGUUAACAGUGACUUUGGAUCCAUCUUUUCUACCCUAUUGCCUGGAACCAUGGCAAAACUAGAGCCUCCUGAAGGAUGCAGCUUCCUUGAUGGUCUUGAGGUUCGUGUUGCAUUUGGAUCUGUUUGGAAACAAUCCCUGUCAGAACUCAGUGGAGGCCAACGAUCUCUACUUGCACUUUCUCUAAUCUUGGCACUGCUACUCUUUAAACCAGCUCCGCUUUACAUAUUGGAUGAGGUUGAUGCAGCUCUUGAUCUAAGCCACACGCAGAACAUAGGGAGAAUGAUAAAAACUCACUUUCCACACUCCCAGUUUAUUGUGGUCUCAUUGAAAGAAGGCAUGUUCAAUAAUGCUAAUGUUCUUUUCCGAACAAAAUUUGUGGACGGUGUUUCUACUGUUCAAAGGACAGUUGCAGCUAAAUAGAGAAAGUGAUUGCUGUUGUCUUAGCAUUUAAUUCUACUACCUCUUUAAUCCAGCCCGAUGAAGUUUGUUACUGCGAAAAGGAACUCUUGAUAUAUAGUUUGUAUAUUUGCUGUUGUAUUUGCAACACUGUAUAUUUCCUGAAUCCAUUGUUGACCAACCUCUUGUUGGAUGUACA